GGACGGAGUGGAUUUGUCACAGGAAUCUGUGGGGCCACAUUGCCUCCUCCUACCGAAGGAAGUUACUGUGUGGCCGGUGAAACAGGCAAUUCGCGUCAAACAAAGGAGACGGAUCUUUUCUUCCCUUUUAAACUCGAGGCGUGAUUUUGCAUCCGUAUCUCCUUCUCUGCAAGCGAAAGAAAACCCAACAAUACAGUUGAGAAAGCGAAAACGCAGAGAACAUGGUGUGCUUGGCGUGUCUGUUGCCCCUCUUCCUCAUCCCAGUUGUUAACGCCUUGCCAUUGUUCAUCGAUUUUAUCCUUGGAAAAGUGUACAGGCUUUUUGGUUGGGAAUACAGGAAGCCAGAGAGGGCUCCCCCUGCUUGUCCAUACAAGCCUACUGCCAAGAAGGAUUCCCCGGUUGGAGAAGCAUUGGGCAAAGUGCAACCGGUUCCACAAGCAGUGGAAGCAAACGGCAAUAAUAAGCAUGACUGAUUUCCAAGUCUUCCCACUUUCCACUGGCAAAAGAAUCGAACUUUUUGAGUACCCAAUCUUUUAAUUGUGCUCUCAGGAUAAAUGUGAAAGACACUGAAUAACUUUCUAUUGACAAUAUACUUAAAACCUUCAUAUUUUUAUUUUCUAAUGAAAGAUAAGUAGCAAACUCAUUAAUCGUGUGA